AUUCAAUUCGCCAUUUAUAUCUGCGAUGGCGGAGUUUAUAACAGAAAAAGUUAAGGUCAUCAAUAUAUCUAAAACUAAGGUAAUAAGAACAUGUUGAAUGUCUGGUCAGCUAGUAGGUCAGUAAAUAUAAUGUAAAACCAAAAAUCGUGGGAUCUUCUCUUCAAAAGGUUAUUAUUAAUAGUCUUCUUAUCUUAUUCUUACCCCGUCUUAGGUUCACGUGUACAUUUUCAUUUUUUAAAGUAACUUAAGUAACCCAUUUAAAAUGUAGGGUAGGUUAAUUUUGGAGAGAUAGCACCCUGACGUCAUUUGCGUGUUGUGUCCCUGGUUCCGAUAGGGUCAAAACCUAGGUUUGGGAUAAGUUUAGGGUUCAGGUAAGGAAGAAUACUUUAUCGAGAUAUUCGUCCGGCGGCCAAGUCACAUGACAAUGCUGAGACUGAGAGGAAGAGAGAAAUACGGUUUAAAAAAAAUAUGAAUGCUAAAAAAAUAAUAGUAAUAGUGAGGGGGAUAAAUAAUUAAGUUAAAGGUGGGGAGGCAGAUAGUUCACAAAGAAAUAGACCCUACAUCUUAAUAUAGGGCCGAUAUAGUGGUAACCUAGCCGACUUCCAUGCAAUACUAAUCCUGAAAUAAAACUUUAUUGACCAAGGCCAAAGGCCUAUUGCCUAUUGAAGUCUACUGGUCUUAUUUUAUUUUGUUCAUAUUUUAAGUUUAGGCUUCAAGGUAGAGCUUUACAAGAUGUUUAACCAAGAUAAGAUAAGUGACUUUUUUCUUUGGAGAGUCGGAAUCAAAUAGACUAAUAAGAGUAGUAGUAAUAGUAUUAAUAGUUAGUAUAUAGUAUAGGCCGACCAGUUUAAUAUUCAAAGUCAAACACCUUAUGUAUCUCAGAGCAUUUGAAUAUAUUAACAUGUUCAGCAUUUAUUUAUUAUCUAGGGAUCGGAAUAUCAAAUGCAAUGCAACUAUUUUGCCGGCAACCACUUGCCACAUGACCUGCCGGAAUAAUAACGCCUUCCAGUCGUCCGGUUGUCACGUGACAUGCCCGCCGGAUGUAUAUCUCCCACACUAUUUGUCCGGCGCGCCAGACGUGUAGACACUUCGAUGAUCUUAUAUGCUUUAACCAGUUCAUGAGACAUUGCUGACUGUUUUUCUGUCCAUCGACCAACUUGUGGCUCCUCCACACAGUGCAUCGGAUCCAGUCUUCACAUGCUAAAAGGGGCAAGCUCUGUUUAACUGAGGAUUUGAGGUCCUUCAGCUAUCCUCAAUGUGGUUUUAUUGUCUAGUCGAUACAGCAGACCUGUUUACUCUCACGAUUUUGGCGCACAACGUACGAUUUUGAGGUGUAAACACAAUAUAUACUGUUUAUUUUUUACUAUUAAGAUAAUGUAUUGAACGAUUUUGUGUUGAUAUUGUACGAUUUUAAGAAUUUGAGGGUAAACAGGUCUGAUACAGUUUCUGUGCUGUGGCUGCUUAGAGCCACAAGUGGAAGUUGAGUAUUAUGUUGGAGGUACUGUGUAUAACGUAAUCCAAGUACCUUGUGAAUCUUGAGUUUUUGUUUGAACAAAAAUCCUAUAAUGCUCUGUCUAUGAAAAUGUGAUCGGUUAAUUUUGUUCCAUAACAUGACUUUUUCCCUGAAAUGGUGAAGAAUAAGGUUUUAAAACAAUAAACUCAAUAACUUUGUCAAGACUGACAAUAUUUAUUUUGCUGGAUUUAAAUUCAAUACAGGACGCUGCAUUAUUCGAACUAACAUAAUUAAAAGAUUAAUAUCAUUGAUUUUAUUUUUAAAAGUUUGAUGAAAAUCUGACUUUAAAUAUAUUUUCAAUUAAAAGUUGUGAUUUUGGAAAUAAAUAAACAUGAUAGAAUGUGUGCGGAAUCAUGGGCACCGGCAAGAAUUUUCUCAGGUGGGAUCAACAAACUUCAGACAUUCUUUUUCAUAAUGUAAACAUAUAAUGAAAGCUAAAGAGCGUAGGCCUAUGUAUUAAUAUUAAUUUUUAGAGUUGUUUUUUUUACAAACAUGAAAAAGUCAUUUUGUAAAAAAUAUUAAUUUCUUAACAUGAAUUAGUAAUCUUAUAAUAAUAUAAAAUAUGCAACUAAGAGACUCAUUCAUUUCUUGUUAUUCUUUAAUUUCAAUCUUUGAAAAGGAAUCAAAGCUGUUUAUCCUCUCCAAAUAUUUCAAUUCCUUUCUGCAUAAACUAUGCCAUAUUUCUUUUCACAUUUAAAUGAUGUACACAAAUAAAACACACCCCUGUAAAAUGCUUUUCAAUCAUUUGUCGAACGAAACCAAGUUUUUGACUUGUCUGAGGUUACUAAAGGAAUGCUCCAAAAUGUAGUGUUGUUUUUGGUAAAGUAAGUGCAAUAAGAAUAGAAGGUGAAAAGUGUGUGCUUGGCAGCAAGUUGAUAGCUGCAAGUCAUUUUUAAUACCUUGUGAUUGUUGCUGCUUGCUCCAAAAAUCAAACCAGUUGAUUGCUUCUAGGUCGAUAUAUGUCAAUGACAGCUGGCUGAAGUCUGAAUAGCUGGAACUGGGGACUGUUAUCUCCAGAGAAACUGUUGGUCAGAGAUGAUUUUUCAUCACCAGGGUGCAAACGAUCAGGGAGGAGCUAGACAGCGCGACCCCUACACCUUCCUCACCAUUCUCGGAGGACGUUAGUCAGACAGAAUCAUUUGAUAGUUUUCUGCCUGUGACUGAGGAUGAGGUGAGGCGAGUCAUCAUCAGGUCUGCUCCCAAGUCUUGUGCCCUCGAUCCUAUCCCCGUCCCACUGCUUGUAGAAUGCCUUGACGUCCUCCUCCCAGCACUCACCUCCAUCAUAAAUUCUUCGAUUCUCUCUGGCAUAUUCCCUCCCAUUUUUAAACGGUCGAUUGUCCUGCCCCUCCUAAAGAAACCCUCACUUGAUCCAAACACACUCAAGAAUUACCGCCCCGUCAGCAACCUCUCCUUUCUCUCAAAAAUCAUAGAAAAACUCAUACUCUCUCAGCUCUCUGGCUAUCUUCAUUCUCGCAAUCUCUAUCCUUCCUCUCAGUCCGCCUACCGACUUGGUCAUAGCACAGAAACAGCACUGGUCCGAGUCAUGAGUGACCUCCUGCGCGCGAUGGACGAUGGCAAACUCUCUAUUCUCACUCUGUUAGAUCUCUCUGCUGCAUUUGAUACCAUUGACCACCAGAUUCUUCUUGACCGCCUUCAUCUUUCUUUCGGACUUACUGGCUCAGCUUUAAACUGGUUUCAAUCAUAUCUUUCUGACAGAACUCAAAAAGUCUCUAUUUCAAACCGCUCUUCCAAACCUUCAGCCCUGUCUAUUGGAGUUCCUCAAGGAUCGGUCCUUGGGCCGGUCCUUUUCAUCCUCUACACUAAACCUCUAUCAUCUCUCAUUAGCCACCACUCAGUUUCCAGUCAAUCCUUUGCUGAUGACACUCAAAUCAGUGACUCUUGCUUUCCUGAUCAACUUGAUGCCACAAUCCUUCGCAUACAGGAGUGCGUGGACGAUGUAAAGCGUUGGAUGACUUGCAACAAACUGAAGCUAAAUGAUGAUAAAACGGAAAUCCUUCUCAUCCACUCUCAAAACAAACCUCUCCCUCCAUUCGCUCCUUCUUCUAUAUCUAUUGGCAACUCUGACAUCACACUCUCUCCCUCUGCCAGAAACCUUGGAGUCACGCUUACGGACACCCUCUCCAUGGACAAACAUGUCACGAAUAUAUGCAGAUCAGCAUAUAACGAAAUUAGAAAAAUCAGCACCAUUAGACACCUCCUCUCCUUUGAUGCCACAAAAACUCUCGUCUCUUCACUCAUUCUUUCAAAAUUUGACUACUGUAACAUUCUUCUCUCAGGCAUUCCUCAACACCACAUAGAAAAACUUCAGAAGGCACAGAACUCAGCAUGCAGACUCAUUUUUAAAUCAAAGAAACAUGACCACAUUCAACCACACAUGCGGCAACUCCACUGGCUUCCAAUAUCCUCUCGCAUCAAAUACAAGUCUGCCAAUCUUUGCUUCAACUCGUUCACUGACCCUCACUUUCCUGUCUAUCUCUCUGAACUGUUGCUUCCUUACAUCCCCACAAGACAACUACGUUCUUCCAUUGACAGUAGAACCCUCUCAAUCCCAAGAACUAAAACUAAGACCAUCGGUGAACGCUCCUUCUGCUUCCAUGGGCCCACGUUCUGGAACCAGCUCCCCUUCCAUAUACGUCAUAGUGAAACCUCGUCCAUUUUCAAAAAGUCCCUUAAAACUCAUCUGUUUAGGUCCGCCUAUGACCUGUGAUGCACCCUCCUUGCCCUACCUCAUUUUCUGUUUCGGGUUGAUCCUGAAGUGUCAAAGUGUCCUCGUUUUAUAGCCAUUUUCAUAGUUUCUAUAGAAUAGUAGUUACUAUCCUAGUGUCUCAUUUGUAUUUACUUAGUUUACAUGUUUUUAUAAUUGUAAAGCGCUUAGAGCUUUAUGAUAAGCGCUAUAUAAAAAUGCCUAAAUAAAUAAAUAAAUAAAUAUUAUAGAAUCCAAAUAUGGAACGAUAUUGUUUGUUUAAAGUAGUCUUCUUCAGAGUCGGGAUCUUCACUCUUGUCAUUUGAGUUUCUAGGAUUGCUGCGAUAUACUUGUCGUCCACAGAUAUGAGGGCUCUAUAAAGCUUUUCCCCAGGUCUGUCCUCAAAAAAAUUGUAACUUGAUAUUGGAUGGUAUGGGUUUGUGAGUAAAUGAUAUUUUAAAACAUCUGACAGGUGAGAUGUUGACUGAAUAUAUCGCCCAAAUCAAAAUCAACGAUUGCCAUAUCACAGCAAAAUUAUUAUGUGUUUCAAAUCUGAGUGGUGCCGAUAGUAAUAAACCGCAGCUAUGAGGACCACUGAAAGCAGCUUCAAACUCCCGAGAGUGUGAAAUGGUCAGGUCACUACUUUUAGUGUGUUCUUCAACGUGUUUAUUCUCUCUUGUUAAUGUCAUUGAUGUGGACUCAGUUAUUAGUAUACAACACUCAUCAUCAAAUUACUUCUUUUGUUAUUUCCCUGGCUUCUCAGCCCACAAGGCAUUUAAUGUUUGCUGCUGCUGCUCAUGUGCAGGUCUGUCCAUGUUAUCCAUAUUAAUUUUACUGGAAUUCAUAAAUCUCUCUAUCCCUAGGUUUUUCUUUGACUACAACUAGUACACACUGCUUCUAUCACUUCAGAAUGACCGUCCAGGAAUCUCUAACUGAAAAACUGUUCCCUUAUAUUUCCUGUCGUGUGACUAUAAACUCUACUAGAUACGCGUCCCAGUGUCAUUCAAUUGCUACAUCAUUAAAGACAGCAUUCUCCUGACCAGAUCCUUUACCCCCUGGCCCCCGAUGCCUAUUCAGUGUCUCUACUGACUUAUUAGCAUCUAUCAUGUUGAGUUUUUUUUCUAUCCCUGAUAAUUAAUCUAACGCUACCCAUGGUCUUCAUGAACAUUCCACUUUUACCAGCUAACUACAAAAUUGACUACUCAAACUCAUUUGUUAUACCCGUUCACACACUAUCCUCCUGGUGUCUUCCGGCCUCCCAAGCUAUCUCAUCUUUCCUGUACUACCAUAGACUCUGCCGAUGCCAGGUUAACUACUCCCUCAUCUAUUGUACUUUUGUUCGAAACCUACGCCCAUCAUUUCCCUUCUUAGCCCUGGACAUUUGUGACAUAUAAAAAUAAACAGUAUUUUUUUUAAAUAUAAAUUAUUUGAUAUUCAUAGGGACAAAUUUCAAAUAUUAAUUUUUUUUUUUUUACUAUUAUUUAUUAUUUUCCAGGUGGGGUCAUGUUCAUCCAUGCUGCAGGUGCUCAUGUGUGGAAUGAAGGGGAUAACAUGCAUACAUUUUUCUUGCUGCUAUAUUAAAAUAAAAAGUGUUGAUGAAAAAAUUGCUUACAAACACAUAUAAAGCGAAUCCCUAACUUUAUGUUGGACUUUUAACAUAAAUUUUGUUCAUUAUAAUGUAUGUAUUAUGAUGUACAAUGAGCGCCAUGUUGGGUGGGACCAAAGAUUGAUUAUUGAUCCCAAGGGGUAUGACUGUUACCUAAUCAAGGAUAUUACCCCAUCAUAUUUACACCAUAUACCACCUUUUGGAUUAUUAGCUGGCUAAAGUUUGUGUUAUUAGUUGUGGUUCUUGAGUUUACAGCCUCUCUAUCACUAUCACAAAAACUAUUUGUAGGGCUAGUAGCUAAACGUUAUUGCAGGGAAGGCUCACUCAAGUGUGAUAUUGAAUACACCAAGGCUGUCAAAAUAUUGUAUUGUUUUUAUAAAUCAAAGUGUCUAUGACCUGAGUGUUGGUAAACUUACGGCACUAAAAACUGUCUUUAUCACCAUAUUGAAGGUAGCAAAUCCAUGAGAACUAAAAGCUAAUUUUAUUUUAUCAGAGCUGAAAAUUCAGCAUCUUUCUGAAAAUAGAAAGCAGAUGCAUCACAGAUAGUUUGAUUUUUAAAUAAAUAUAUUGAUACAAGUAGUCUAGUAUUAAAGUACCAUACUUGGUUGCCAUUCAUUCUCGUAUAAUCUGCUUUCUAAUCCCACUCAAAAUGUGGAAGUAAAGCUGUGUAUGAAAUGGUGGAAUACAUUAAACACUUUUACCAGGACCAAGUGGUAUUAGUAAUGAAAUGAUGCAGAUUUGGAUUUUUUUUUUUUUACUGGUUAUAUCUUGAUGUAUCAAAAUUGAAAGAAAAUGAAGAAAUAAUUAUCUAUGACAUUUGUUGGUCUAUUUUAUUUUUGAUUUAAUGUAUAGUAUACUUUUUACAAUUAUUUUAGGUGUGAUAUUGAUAUGAAUCAUUGUUAAAAAUUUAGUAGGCCCAUCUUUAUUUUGCAAAUUUUCACAAGUGACAAAAUCAAGGUCAUAAUACACACAUUUUAACAUUAUAAUACACACAUUUUAACAUUAUUUAUAAAUGAGGAGUAGAUAAAUUAUCAUGUUUUUUUUCUUCAGGGAAAGGGUUUAUUAGGAAACACAAUUUUUCAAAAGGGAGAUGUCAUCUUUGAAGAAAAACCCCUUGUCAGUGCACAGUUCUCUUGGAAUGAGUUGUAUAAAUAUUUGGCCUGUGAAUAUUGCCUUAGGUCACUGGAGACUGCAGAGGAAAUGGCAAAAAGGCUGACCAACAAUCCAGGGCUUUCUUUGCCCUACCCUGAAUGCUGUGAUUUAGAUACAUCCCAAUUUGCUCAGUGCCCGGAUUGUCAGGUAUGAAUCAUUCUUUUAUACUAGCUACAACUACCAUUAGUAAUUAAGGUUUUAUUAAGCAAAGUAACUCUGUUCUUGUCCUUUAUUUUACAGUCUAUCAGUGAGAUCUUUCCCUAUUUAAAUUGUUCCAACAUGUUUAUGACUGACCUAGUAAUUUUUUUACUUUGAUUCAUACCAGAUACUUUACUGUAGUUCUGUUUGUCGUGACCUUGCUGCUAGUCAGUAUCAUCAGGUUUUAUGUAAAGGAUCAUCCCAUGAUGAUGCAGAAAAUCCUUUAAAUCAGCUUGUUGAAAUAUGGAGGUAAACAUUUGAUUAAUCAAUUAUUGCUUCAUGCUAAAGCAGUUAAUGCAUUGUGAGGGUCAUUUAUGAUACUGAUAAGUAAAAUAAAAGCUGUUAAGGUAACUUUAUAUAUUAUAUGCAAAAGCUUUUUAAAAAAAAUAUAUUUCAAUAUUUAAAAUCUCUACCAAAAAGGGUAAGAUAUGCAAAACAAAAUGAUUUUCAUUGUCUUUUCCAGAUCUUUUCAUUAUCCACCAGAGACAUGUAGCAUUAUGCUAAUAGCUAAAAUUAUAGCUAUGGUUAAACAGGUUUGUAUAUUCAAACAUAAUUACUGGAGGAAACACAUUGCUUAAUAAAUGAUCUAUUUGAUCAGAGAGAAAUAAAGUUGUAUAACAAUGAUCAUCAAUGUGUGGGAUACCACCUCCCAAAGUGGCGAUGGGAUAGCUGAGAGGAGCCCUGAAAGGCUUUGGAGAUUGUGGGGAUCCCAGGACUCUCAAAACGGGCACUGGGGAAUACAUUUUUAAUUAAAAUUAUAUAUAUAUAUCAAACUUAAAAGCAAAUAUGCCUUCCCUGUUUUGGUAAGAUAAUUAUCUCUAAUAGAGCACAAUAUUGACCAUCUCAAGUGGUUAUAAGGGGGAGAGAUUGCAAUCGGGUUAGGCAAAAGGAAAUGAGCGAAACAAAGUAUGAGAAAACCUGAAAGAAGGAUGCAACAUAAGGAAUGUAUCAGCAAGUAGCCUUUCAAACCAUAAACAAUUUAAAACACAUUCCAGCACAUUCGUCUUGCUGUCCUCUCAGAUACUACAUUGCAGCUAAGUGUUUUUUAAAUACUCUGCUAUGUGUUACACUUUGACAUUUGUGUAAUUAUUCUUUACUGAGGGUCCUGGAAACUAUUAUUUUGUAAUUUUCUUUUUUAAAAAGUAUGUGUGUGUGUGUGGAGGGGGUGGGGGGGGGUAAUGGUGCACUAGGGAAGAGUUUAUUUCCCCAUUGUUGAGUGUGUUUGUGGGGGGGGGGGAUUGAAAACCACUAUUCUAGAGUUCUAGGAAAUAGAUGACUUAGUUUAGUACUAAUUACAAAUUAUUUAUUGUGGAAAUUUGUAAUUGAAACUAAGUAUGAAGAUUUAAUUUUUAAUAAGGGCAAUGACUCAUAACUCUUAUAGCACAUUAGCAAGUAUUUUUUUAUGUGGCAUGUAGUAUGUUUACAUUGGAUAUUUCCAAUUUUUUCAAGUAAAGUAAAUAAAAUAUUCUUGUUUUGUUGUUAGGCACAAGAUAAAGGAAAAGUUAUUUCAUCAUUUUCAAAUUUUGUGCAAACUGCUGUCAAUGACCAAGAACACAUUGCACACAAACUGCUUGGGGAACAAUUCCAGGUAACUUAUAUUAUAAAAUUUGGUCUAACUAUAUUUUUUCCUUUUCUAAGUAGUUGGUACUUUUAUUUGGACAGUUUUAAAUUCUUUAAUUUUAAGGCUCAAUUUCAGAUCUUAAAAAUUGAAACAAAAUAAAUAAAUGUGUAUAGCUAUUUGCUACCUGUAAAUAGAAGACAAAACAUAAGCAAUUUAUAACACUAUUUUUAAUUUUUAGCCAAUUGAAAUUUUUUAAAUAUUUUAUGUCACUUUGUAGGUACAACGAGAAGUGUUGAGAAAGCAUUUAACAGAUGCUUUAUUUGAGGAGUCUGUACAAGAAGUAAGAGUUGUUCUAAAACUUUUAGCCAUUUUCAUAUUUAACUUUUGAUUACCCGGUACUGGCAUGCUUAGAUUUAUUUUUGGAGCUGCAUUUAUGUAGUUAUAAUUGCCCUUAUUAACUUUUCAAGUAAAGUAUCUCAACUAUGAACAUUAAAAAUUAUUUUUUUAAAUUCCGAAUUUUCAAAUGAUUUCACAAGGUAAAUGACUUUUAAUUUCAGUGGUUCACUUCAGAGGGUUUUAAUUCUUUGUUUGCACUAAUUGGCACAAAUGGUCAAGGAAUUGGAUCAAGGUUAGCCCAAUAUGUAUAAUAAGGCUAUAGGCAAAAGAUUAAUUAUAACUGCUUGUUAAGUUAAUAGUAUGGAAACAUUUUUUUUGUUAUAAUUAGUCUGGAAGGGCUCUUUCCUUCUUUAUAUUAAAUUAUUGUUUCAUUUAUUUUUUAGUAAAGAGAACUAGGAAGUAAGAUAAAAAAUAUAUUUUUGUAAAAUCCUUUCAUAAUUAUUUAUCUAAAUUUGCAACAUGAGGUACAUAAUAUCAUAUUGUAAAUUUUCUUCAUUAUAAAUUGUAAACCCAAACAGUAGUUUUAAAACAUAUUUAUUAUAUGCUAUCAGACCUGUUUACUCUUACGAUUUUGGUAUGGUAUACAAUGGAGAAUUUUGAGUCGCGUUUUACAAUUGUAUGCCGAGACCUGUCGGAACUAUGACUCCAGGAGGCCGAGUUGAAAAAUUUAUAUGCGAGUAGUUUUUUUUAUCAUUUAAAAAAAUGAACAAACAAACCAUUUUCGGUUGUUAUUUUUAGCUCCUGUCUACAUCUGGUGGUGAAUGGUCUGAGAAAUAUGAUUUGUUGGGGACCAUCAUAAUUAUAUUACUGAUGGGGGGCAUUGGUGUUGACUAAGGAGCAUAAGGAUGUGCAUGGGAGGGGAUGAGGAAUAUGUCUAAAUAAUUUUAAAGACUACAAAAAUGGUUUGCCACUUUUUAUAAUGAUGGUCAUCAUAUUGUUGCUUUCUAUUUCCACAAUGAACUCGUUAGAUAUGGCAAAAGUAAUAUUUAAUGUAAUUAAAACUAAUCACAAAUUUAGUCAACAUUCGCUUUUGUUUUCUUUGAUGCUGUAUGACAUACGUUGGUGACAAUUAUUUCAUUCUUGCCUGAACAUGAAUUGCACAAAAUGGAGAAAACAGCACAUUUUUUUAUUUUUAAUAAUGCAUUCUCAACUGCUUUACAGAAUAGCAUUAGAGUUGAGAUAUUGUAUAAGAUUCAGUAAGUUGUAGUUAUCUAUAAAUCUAUUUUUAGAAAUCACUAAGAAGCUGUACAAUUUUAAGAAAUAUAGAAAGGUUAGAGGUAAACCUGAAGAAGGAUCAAAGGAGAAAGUGAACAUUACAACCAAAAAACCUUGGACAGCUAAAACAGUUAAUAACAGAGACAAAGGGUCUCAGCUUGUUGCAUAAAUAUGUAGUCUACAGGAAAUGGUAGACUUAUGCAACGAUGGAAGUGUGCCAUGAAAUCAAAGAAUUUGUCUAUGAGAUUAACAGGAAACGUAAAAUCUUAGACAUAAAUGAAUAAGUAAAUAAUUAAAUGAAAUAAGAUUAAAAACGUAAUGAAGAUUGCUAUAAAGCAGAGAGGAUAGCAUAGGUAAAGUUAGCAAGGAUGCAAAUAUGGAAAGAAGUUAAGAACACAAAAGGCAAAUGGGGCUCUUGCUUUACCUACACAUGUUUGGAACACAAAGAGAAUAAUCAGAAUAUUUAGUUAAAAAUGUUGUUUAUUAUUCAGAACUAUUUCGGUCAGUAAAGAAAGAUUAGAAAAGACUUUAAACCUCCAUUAAUAGUUUACUGUGUAUUAUUAUUAUUAAAGGGAUCUUAUAUAGACACCUUAAUAUUAGGUGAUUCCACAAAAUCACAAAUAUAGCAAUUAAUUAUGAAGGUCAUAAUGAGGAAGGGAAAGGAAAUUCAUGGUUAUUAGUCAUAUAAUGUAAAGGGAAAAAGAGAGAGUGUGUUAGCAUUUUAAAGAGAACAUGACAUUCAUACCAUGUGGUGUCAGGGUCCCAUAGGUGUGUAUCAACCCUUGCUUGCCUGUUGGUUGAGGAAAACAAUAGCCGUAUUGGACACAUCUGUUGAGCAAUACAUUGUCAAGCACACCUCUUCCCUUCUCCCAAUAAAGUAGGCUGUGGUUGUUAGGUUAUAUUUUAGCAGAAAACAUGCAAUGACAAUAGUUAUUGUAUACAUUAUGAUGUGUGUAUAUUUAUUUACUAAUACAAUACAGUAUUGAACGAUUAUGAUGAGGUAAAUUACUAUUCUAAAAUGAUACACUACUAUUUUGGGAGUUCCAGGGUAACCCGGUCUGUGCUAUAUUUGACAAUAAUUUUUUUCAGAUAGGUAUGUUUUUAUUGAUGACUGCAUUAAAACACAUGGACAUUGCUAACCUGAUUAAUAAUUUUGAUUUUCAGCUCUUUCAGCAGAUGGGUAAAAAAUACGGAAAAACUCCCUUUGGGUGAUUCUGAAAGGAAACAAUUAGAUGAUCUAAUUGAAAAGUGUUAUGAGCAAUUAGAAGAAGGUAUAGCCAUUUUCAUUAAGCCAAUAAUUUUUUAGGCCUUUAAUAUUGAGAAAAUGUCAGUGUAUAAAUUACCUUUGAGUGUUACUGGAAUAAUGUGAAUUGUUUAAUGUUUUAAAGUUUCAGGUGAUUUUUUGGAUUGUGAAGGUUCUGCAUUAUACCAGUUGCAGAGUUCAUGUAAGUAUUUUGUGAUAUCUACAAAAGUCCAGUGGUAAUAAAGUACAAUUUGUGUGCCUAGCAUAACUUAGAUAGUUUCUUUUACCCAAAGAAUGGGACAAUAAACACACAGUCCUGGUAGUCAUUGGUAGAUGAGCAACAUGAAGAGGGAUAUUAAAUGUCAUUCAACUGUAACUUAAGUUAUGAAAGUACUGCAUUUGCAUAAUUUGAAUGUAUUUCCAUGAAUUAAUGCCCGUAACUCUAUCUCUAUCCAUACCCAUUAAUGCUCAAACUUACAAAAUUGGCAGCAUUUAAUCAUAUUUUUCCUCAGUACUUAAGACUGAUAAGUUAUAUUUAUCAUUAAUUGAACGGAAAACAAUUUAUUAUUAAUUGAACGGAAAACAUAUCUUUUUAACAAAUGACUCCUUUUCUUUAGGUAACCACAGCUGUAUUCCUAAUGCAGAGAUCACUUUUCCAUAUGGGGACAAUACAUUAGCUUUGGUGGCUCUUAAAGAUAUAUCACCAGAAGAGGUAUUUGAUCAUUUCUUUUCUUAUUUAAGUUUUCUUUUCGUUCUAAAUAUUUACGAUCCUCAUUUUUAUGUUACAGACAUAUGGAAUGUGUUUAAAAAAGGUGCAUGCUAAGAGGAUAAAAUCAAAUUUAGAUAUAUACACAAAAUUGUGUUAUAUAGAUCUUGGAAGUAAGUUCAUUUGAAUUAAUCAUUUGAUAUUCUUGAUAAUCAAUUUUUGUAUCUAAUGACUGAUCUGGUUUUUAAUGAAAUUGAUUUCUUUUUGUUUAAUUUUAAAACAGAUGUAACAUAAUUUAAAUCAUGAACAAUACCUAGUUUAUGGUAUCAUUUUCAUGUGUUAGCUUUAUUUUAAAGCUGAUGUUGAGUAUGGUAGUUCAUUAAUAAAUGUUGCGACUGGAUAUUAUGUUUGAUUACGAGCAGUGUGUUUUUGAGAGAUUAAUUAGUUGGUAAACACUCUUCCUGCACUUGACUUGGUGACAUAUUUUUAUGCUUAUUAUGACUUAUGUCAAGUCUGUUUGAUGACAUACGUUUUCUUUGUGUGGCAGUCGUGAAAGGAACAUUGUGGAAGAAGGUUGGGUUUUAUUUCUCUCUGAUAGCGAGCUGCGCUAUACAUGUGUAUAUGGAAUUAACAGUCUGUAAGUUUAAUUAUAUAUAUUAAAGUUGCAUUUAUUAUGAAAAAAGACUUGCGUUGAUUCAGUGCUAGUGCGACGUAUUACAACUUGUAAAAGAACUUGAUAAAUUAACCAAUCUAGUACACAGGAGUAUGACAGCUGGGAAUGUCUUCUCUAAAAGGAACAAAAAUGUAAUUAUAGCAUCAUGGAGGUUUGCCACACUGCUCAACCAACUUGUGCGUAUUUUGUGUAAGCUGCUUUGAAUAUUUGUCAUAUUUUAGUGUUAUCAGUAAUUUUUCUUAUUUUUGAUUUUUUAUUUUAGGAAAUUACUAUUAGCUAUCUAGGAUGUUGUGAUUUGGAGAGAAGCAGACACAGUCGACAGAAGGCCUUAAAGUAAGCAGAUUAAGAAUUUUAUCAUUGCCAACAACAAGGGUCAGCAAACUAAAGCAAGGAAGUCAAGCUGCACUGAAAAGUUAUUAAAGCAAUACCCUCAGAAGAUAGAUAACCAUGUUUUUGAUAAAAUUGCUAUGAAUAGUUAUUGCAACUAUUAAAGGUUAAUGGUUUGUUAUAGACAAGAUCCACAUUUCUUUAUCAAUUGAGUGGAUUUACUUUCAAAGUAUUUCUAGAUGAUCACUUUAUCUUGUAAUUUUAAAAAAAUAUGUUUAGAAUUAUUUUAUAAUUAAAUUGUUUCCCAAUAAUAAUUCAUUUGUUUUUCCCCACAGGGAGAAUUAUUUAUUCAAAUGCACUUGUGAGAAGUGCCUGUAUCAGGCUGAUGAUGCCAGUGUUACAUCAGAAGAGGAUGAUAGUGAAGAAAUGGAUGAAGAAGAAACAUAAAAAUAAAAUGUGAUUUAAUUUGAAUAAAUAAUAUGUGAAAUAAUCUUUUUUUUUUUCCAGUUUAUAUUUGUGUAAAACCUUAUACUUAUAGUAUAGUCGUGGAGAUUUUUGUCAAACAGAUCUCCUGACUUUUCCCACCCUUUGGAUCUCAUCAUUGUAUU